AUGAAAAGACGCACAUAUAAAAAUUUCACCCGUAAUAUAAUUUUUAUAAUUACUCUUUUAAUAUUGGCAUUAUGGAAUUGUUCUAAUAAAGCAACUUCUUCUGGCAUAUCAUAUAAUGAACAGACAAUUCUAAAUAAUAAAUGUAAUUUGAUAUGUAGAAGAAUACUAUUAGGAGAUAAUAAACCAAAUUCCGAAAUAAGGUAUGCAGUUUUUAAAGAAAAAAUAAUAAAUUUACUAAGAGAAGAUGACGAUAAUUUUGAAAAAGGAAUAAAAGCAUAUAUGCAAGAUGAUAUUUUUAGAAAACGAUUUAAUAUAUUUUUGGAAAAUGAGGAGUUUAAUAAAAAUUUUAAUGUCCUAGUAAGUGACUUUGAUUUAAUGAAAUUUCCUAAUCCAGUAAUUAAGAACAGUGACUAUAUGAAAUCACCUAGUUCAAUCAAAUUUUUUAACCCUUUUAAAAAGGGUUCACAUCGCACACAAAAUGAGAAUCAUUCCUACAGUUAUGGUUAUAAGGAGGUUGAAAAAGGGAAAGAAGUGUGUAGAGAAAGGAAAUUAGAAAAAAAUAUAUAUGAAGAUCAAAUUCAGAAUAGAUCAAAAAAUUACAGUUUUAAAGAAAAAAAAACAGUUAUUCCAUCAGAAGGAGUAAAACAAAAACUGUUGCAAAAGGAAAAUGUAACCCCCCAAAAAAAGUUAAAGUUAUCGGAUUUUUUCUUAAUUUUUAAGAAUGCAGAUGAAAUGUAUGAAACACAGUUAAUAAAUAUGAUAAGAAUGAAUAAGAAAAAAAAGGGAAAGCUUUUUUGGAUAAAGUAUAAUAAGAAUAUUGUUAAAGCAAUUAUACCCAUUAUUGGAGGUGCAAUUGGUUCAGUCUUAAUACUAUCAAUAUCGCUCAAUCUAUAUAAUAUUAUUGUAGUAUUUACGACUAUGGUUUUAUCCAUGCUAUUUGUUUUGUACAAGUAUAAGAAGUGUGCUGACUUGGUUAAAAACUCCGAAGAGUAUAAUAAUAAUUCCAGUUCUGUAAAUCAUUUGCCAAAGUAA